AUUCUUUUUUGAAUAUAUGUAUCACAUAAUAUGAUUUGAUAUGUUUUAGAAUUCACAUCCUACAAACCAACUCGUUAGAAAAAAUCUAGGACAUUUUGUUUUUUCAAAAGUAUAUUGAUUAAAUUAUUAAAAAUAAAAUUUUACAUACAUUAAACUCUUUAAAGUAAAAAAAUCUGAAGGAGUAUCAGAUCUACAUUUAAUUUAAUUUAUUAAGUUAUAAAUAUUUAAUUCAACGAGUAUCAGAUCUACAUAAUUAAUUAUAUGUAAAAAAUUACAAAAUUAUUUUUUAUUAAUAUUAUAAAUUAAAAUAUAACGCAUUGACGGUAUAAAAUAGUUUAGACGGUAUAUCUCAUCCUUUUUAUAAUAAUAAAUAAUAAAGAUGACGUAGAAAUAAACAUAAUACUUCGUUAAAGAGUGAAAGAAGAUUUAUAAAUCAAAAUGACAUAUAAUGUGACUCUUAAGAAAACUUAUCCAAUAGAUUUCUAGUUAAACCGACAUUUGGUGUGAAAUGAAAAAAUUAAGAAACCCAAGCGUCCCAUCACAUUGUACCACAUUAGCGGGAAAAGUUGCCUCACUUUUUUGAGAAUGAAAAUCAAAUUGUUUAAGAGGGCAAUUUGGGAAAUAAAAAAGUUUGUUCAGUUUCCUCAACAACAGACAGCGUUCAGUAAUCUCCAAUGGGACGAAAAAGAGUUAGAGAAAGGGUUUAUGGUCCUGAUGGAAGUGCUUUUUUCAACUGGUAACUCUUAUUUCUGUUGUUGCUAUAACCAUUCAUAUCAUUGAUUUUUGUUCUUACAAAUGUUGUUGCAGUGAAAAAUGUGGAGUUUCUGUUGCUAUAACCAUUCAUAUCAUUGAUUUUUGUUCUUACAAAUGUUGUUGCAGUGAAAAAUGUGGAGUUUCUGUUGCUAUUUCAUUGGCUGAUAUGCAUCAUUGUGAAUCCAAUAAAAUCCAUUAUAGGAUUCUCCAACCACCACCAGCUCCUCAGUUCUUCGAUCACCCGCGUUCCCCUUACCGUAUUUUUAUGUAAUAUUCAUUCUCAACUGAUGUUUUAAAAAGCCUUUCGCCAUUUUUUAUUUUCUUAAAACCUGCAUGUAUUUAUUAAUUUUCUUUUUUAGGGAAAACUUUGCCAGAGGUAAAGAGAUGGAAAGUUAUCUUGAAGUUGAGAAAUUAGGGUUUGAAAUGUGGCAGAAUAUGUCUCAACAGGACAAGUUCCCAUUUGUCUCUCAUGCUAAAAUAUUGGACUGUUGUCACCGAAAAAGGUUGAAACGCGAGGCCAAUCAGAGUAUAGAGAUGAAUAUUGGAGCUAAGUCACCAUUGGUUGAGAAUUUUAAGAAGCCUCAAGGAACUUUAGCAAAUCCUCUUGAGACUCUGAAGCAUAAGUUUAUAUAUACGGAUCAUGGAGUAUAUUAUGCUGGUUAUCUUGUGGUGAAUUAUCAUAAAUUAGGCAUAUGUUCUGGUGAAUUAUCUUAUUAACUUCCUUGAUUAUACAAUUUCAUAUCUUUUUGGUGGUUAUCUUUUGCUGACUGGAUGCAGAUCAGACUUCUUUAUACUUUUUUGUGAUUAUCUUGUGUUAAGGUAGAGGAUGCUAAUUAGACUUUAUGAUGUAAACACUUUUUGGUGGUUAAUUUUACAUUACUUAAUA